UCUAUCUCGGCGACGGUGAGAGAGAGUGGGCUGUGAGUACCCAGUUGUGAUUGAGUGUAGGAUAUCACGAUGUUGAGGGACGAAGUAAAACCAUGUUCUUGGCAUGCUCAAAUCUUACCUUUAUCACCCUUUCGACCAGACUGCUGUCAAAGCCACAGUGUCUGCCUGUUGAGCCAUGUCGGGGUCGUGACUGUGUUGCUGUUUCCCGCUUUCCUUCUUGGAUAAGAGUCAAACUUCAGAAGCAAGUAUAUGAAAUGCAUCAACAUGAAAAACAAAGACUUGUUCUUCGCUGGCAGCUGUCUUGCGACCCCUGGCUUCUUUGUGACUUUGGGCGGCUUGUCAACCCCUUACCGAUUGUUUGCUCUUAACAUAGCACAUGCGUACUUUGUAACGGUCUUCCAUUGUCUUGGAGUUUCUGCGUAUAGAGCCUGACAAGUUCUGCACUUUUCGCUGGACACUCAUCAACAGCAUUAAAACC